UGCUGAAGCUGUUACAUCUCAAGAUGGUGUAAGUGUUCUGCCCAGAGACUCGUUGCAUAACGAUGGGUUUCGGUGAUACAAGCGCCAAAGAUAAGAAGGCAGCCGCCGCCAAAGCCAAAGAUGAGGCAGCAAAGCAAGCAGCCGAAGAUGAGUCCUGGCAAGAGAAUGAUAAAGGUGCCGUAAAGAAGGCAGCUAGAGCUGCUGAUGCAGCGGCCAAGGCUGACGCCAAGCUGGCAGCCAAAGCAGAGCUCAAGGAGUUGGAGCGGCAAGAGGAGGAGGAGAACUCGGGGAUGAAAGGAGCCAACAAGAAGGGAGGCGGCUACAAGGUGACCCAGGCAGAGAUUGCCAGAAGACAGGCGCUGAUGGCUGCUGCGAAGCCAAACCCAAAGAAGCAGACCAAGAAGACGGAGGUGGUUGCCGCUCCCAAGCUGGAAGCCAACCUCAACCGUGUGGAGGACGCAGUGGACGCCAGUGGAAUUGAUGCGGCGCUCAGCGCUUUGGACGUUGGGGGCGAGAAGAAGUCGAAAACGACCUACGCAGAGUUCGAAGCCAGAGAACUGGAGGGGAUCAGACAGGAGAAUCCCGGUCUCAAGAUGUCACAAGCGAAGGAGCGAUGCUUCAAGAUGUGGGAAAGAUCUCCAGAAAAUCCGAAGAAUCAGGACAAGUGAUAGGCAACUGUUUGCUUCGCCUUCUUUGCGCAUGCUUUCUCUUCCCAAGACGCUGGGACAGCGCCAAGGGGCGCAGUUCAAUACGAUGUCGCUUGCCAGCGUCUUUGUUUCACCAAGUUGCUAGAUAAGCGCAACACCACAAAGACCAACCUCCAAAUCAUAUCUCCCCUCAUUCGAC